CCGCAAUACAGAACUACAAUUCGCAAGCGUUCAACACCCGAGAAAGGAUUAUCAAAAUGCUGAAAUUGGUAGUGUUGUUAUCUACUUUGCUUGCCGUCGCCGUUGCGCGUCCUGGCUACCUCUCACACGCGCCCCUGCUCUACUCGGCACCAGCCACAGUCAUCCACGAGCCCGUAUUGGCCAAGGUAGGCGCGAUCGUGAAGAGCUACCCCACCGCUGUCUCCCAUCAGAGCUCGUCGAUUGUGCACAGUUCAGCCGUUGCUGUGCAGCCCAUCCUGGCGCCCAUUGUGAAGACCACUUACGCAGCACCGGUGCUGCAUGCUGCCCCCAUCUAUAAGACCAUUGCAUUGCCCUCUUUGCAUGCAUCGCCUUCGGCCGGUUGGUGGUAA